AUGGCUCCUCCUCCGCGUCUGCGCAUUCUGUCCGUUGGUGGCAAUGCGAUCUCUGCCUUUCUCUCCUGGCGAUUGCAGGCGACGACCUCCUGUGAUGUCACCCUCGUCUGGAAAUCCGGCUUCGACGCCGUCGCUUCAUACGGUGUCUCUUUCAAAUCAAAAGCAUUCGGCAAUGAGCGCUUCAAGCCCCGUCAUGUCGUCCGCGCCCCCGAAGAAGCCUCAUCCCGUGAAGCCGCUUACGACUAUGUGAUCCUCUGCGUAAAGGCUCUCCCCGAGGUCUACGAUCUGGCGUCCGUUAUCGAAUCCGUCGUCACCCCCCAGCAUACCUGCAUCCUGAUCAACACCACAAAUACCAUCGGCAUCGAGUCCCAUAUCGAGCAACGGUACCCGACCAAUGUCGUGCUCUCCUUGGUGUCCAACGUCGAAAUCACGCAGAUCGGCCCCGCCGAAUUUGAACAUCUCAGCUCCAGCGAGGUCCAUGUCGGCGCAACCAACAAGAAAUCCUCAAUUCCCACCUCCAUACAGAACGACAUGGCCGCCGCAUUGGCCAUGACCCUGAAUACGGGCCAGGUCGACUGCAAGGUCUCGCCGAAUAUCAGACGGGAGCAAUUCGAGCGGAUGAUUGGCCCGAUCGCAUUUCACCCUGCCACCGUGGCGUUCGAAUGCGCCAAUCCCGCCCAGCUCCUGGAAAAGGUUGGGGUGCGUCAACUCGUAACAGGCGUCAUUGACGAGCUGGUGGCUCUGGCCACCGCUCAUGGCUGCGAAUUCCCCAGCGAUUUCCGCGAGAAGACAAUCGAGAAGAUGACCGCGAUCGAUGCCCCGAGUACCAUGUUCCAGGAUUUCCAGGCCCGCCGCCCGAUGGAAAUCGAGAACUUUUUGGGCUCUCCUAUUAAACUGGCCCUCGAGUCCGAGACCCCCGUGCCCCGAAUUGAGGCCCUCUACGCUAUGCUCCACCACAUCAACAUCGCCCCGCCAUGGGGAUUCGCCCCCGGCGUCCAUCAUGGGCCAGCCUCCUCCCCGCCUGUCCUCUGCGCCGCCUCAGAACCAUCCCCAGCGACCGCCAAUGAAUACCAAUGGCGCGAUGCGAGCGAGCCGAACACAUUCCAGUAUGGGCAUGCCGCCUCCCAAUGCGCGACGAGGCCCACCUCCGGGCAUGAUGCGCCCGCCCCCGGUGGACCGAUGCCGCCUCCACCCAACCGUGUGCCCCGCGACCCAUCAUUGGAGGGGCUGGAGGAAUUUAGCCAUUUGGUGGUGUACGAUGAUAUGAUGAUGGAGGGUGGGUCUCCGCGCCAGAACGGCAAUGGGCACCCGGAUGGUGCUGAAAUGGCGAUCCGUGAACGUGAGCUUGCUCUGCGCCAGCGGGAGCUGCAACUCCGCGAGCAGGAGAUGGGUAUGCGACGAGGCCCUGGCCGUCGAGGCCCGCCGCCACCAUCUCGUGGCCCGGCGUCUGUAUUCGACGAGGAGGACGAAGAUUAUUUCGACCCGAUGGACUCGAUGCAGAUCCCGCAUAUUGACCCCGAUCAAGUGGACAUGAUGAGCCUCACCUCACGCCGCGCACGCAAGGCCCCGAGCCACAGCCAAUUCCGCAAGAAUCCCGAGAUGGCCGCAGGCGGCCCUCCGCAAGGCAUGCACGCCAGCCGGCCGUCAUCAUCAGCAUUCGGCCGCUACUUUGGCCGCAAGCGCGCGUCGGAUCGGGUCAUGCAAGAGAUUCCUGGUCUUCAUGACUCGCUCAUGGACAACCCCAUGUUGAGCUACUCGUCGAACAGAUACGGUGCCGUCGACCGGAACCAGAUGCAAGCCGACUCGCGCGCCAACUCGAUGACCGCCAGCCAGAUGGGUGACUUUGCGCCCCCGCGUCCCUAUCCGCAGAGCCGGCGCAACAGCCAAUCUCCCGGACAGCCCUUCCCUGGACCUCCCGGACCGGGACCCCGGAUGGGACGCCCGCCGACCGCACACGAUCACAGUCUCGGACCCCCUGGUGGACCUCCCUACAACGGCCAGCCGUCGCCACCUGGAAACAUGCGGACACCGGUUCCCCGGCUCCCGUCAGGACAAGGCCCGGUUGGACCGCAGCAGCUUGAGCAACACUACGGGGUGAGCAACUCUUAUCCUGCUAAAGGCCCUCCCAAGAACAAGAGUCUGACUGGAAGUGCGUCCGCCAGCGCUGAGAGUGGUGACAGCGGGGCCAGUGCCAACAUUGAUUCUGAGCUCUCGGCGCAUAGCAGCCAGGCCAGCCUGGGUGACCAGCAACACAUUGCGGCUCACUAA